CCCAUUCAAUACCUGCAAGCUUCGUUCAAUGUUUUUUUUCGCCUGGGUGAAUACAUGUAUCAUUGUGUUUAUAUUGAAUAUACUACUGUCGAAGUAAUGCAAAUAGAGCAACUGGCUAUAUCUCUUCAGCAAUUGCAGCCUCUCUCUACAUUUCUGCGUCUGUUCCUGAGCUUCCCCAUACAUUGAUAUAGCUUCUCCCCGGCAUCGCCUAACGGCAUAGUCAUUACCCGAUAGACGGCUUCCACCUGCCCCAAGAAAUAGCCGGCAUGAUUCCGAUUUCUUGAUCUUGAUUAUAUUUCUGGCAUUAUUUCCUUCUUUCUAUUUUCUCUUUCUCUCUCUUUUUCUUUUCCUCUCCGUGGCCUUUUUGUCUUGCAUCGCAACCGUGUUGCUGAGGAAUAGCUCUAGCUGCCGAAGAUGGCCUUGCCUAUUCCCCGGGGCCUGAAGCAGGUCCUUCAAAAAUCCCCAUCCGACAUCGUCAUCCUCUCAUCCGUGCGAACCGCCAUCACUCGCGCCAAAAAGGGCGGUUUCAAAGAUGCCUACCCCGAGGAACUACUCGCACACGUCCUCAAGGCAACACUUGCCGCGAACCCCAACCUUGAUCCCGCCCUGAUCGAUGAUGUCGCCAUUGGCUCUGUUCUACAAGAACUAGGUGGUGCCAAAGCCGGGCGCAUGGCGCAAAUCCAUGCUGGCUUUCCAAACUCAGUCUCCUUCCACACAAUCAACCGACAAUGCUCCUCGGGCCUAGCAGCGAUCACGGGCAUCGCAAAUGGUAUUCGAGCGGGGGCUAUCAAUGUUGGUAUUGGCGGAGGCAUGGAGUCGAUGACCCGGAACUAUGGAUCUCGCGCGAUUCCCACGGUGCUAUGGCCGGAACUAAAGGAAUCGCACUCGCAAGAUUCCCGAGACUGUAUCAUGCCCAUGGGCAUUACAUCGGAGAAUGUUGCUAGCCGAUAUGGAGUGUCGAGGGCUGACCAAGACGCCUUUGCCGCGCACUCGCAUCAUAAGGCUGCUGCGGCACAGGAGGCCGGGUUAUUCGAUGCUGAGAUCGUGCCAGUCACAACCAAAUUCUUUGACGCGGAGCACCCCGAGGCACCACCAAGAGAUAUCACCGUCGCCAAGGACGACGGUGUCCGACCCAACGUCUCAGUCGAGAAGAUGGCUACGUUGAAGCCUGCUUUUAGAGAAAACGGCACCAGCACUGCUGGAAACAGUUCUCAAGUAAGCGACGGUGCGGCUGCCACGCUUCUCAUGCGCCGCUCGACAGCCACUGAGCUUGGAUUGUCGUCGUCUAUCAAGGGCCGCUGGGUUGCUAGUGCUGUGGCUGGCGUAGCGCCGGAUGAGAUGGGAGUUGGGCCGGCGGUUGCAAUCCCCAAGCUGUUGGGUCAGGUUGCGCUGGACAUUGCAGAUGUUGGAGUUUGGGAGAUCAACGAAGCGUUUGCGUCGCAAGCUUUGUACAGUGUGCGCAAGCUCGGCAUUGAUGAGGCAAAAGUCAAUCCGAAGGGAGGCGCCAUUGCGCUCGGUCAUCCAUUGGGUGCUACGGGUGCGCGACAAUUAGCUACUUUGUUACCUGAAUUGGAGAGGACAGGGCAGGAAGUCGGUGUAGUGAGUAUGUGUAUUGGUACGGGGAUGGGUAUGGCUGGUUUGUUUGUGCGUGAAUAAGAGAUGAAUGAAUGAAUGACGGGCAAAAUUUUGUAAAUAGCUAGAUAGCAUUUUUUUUUCCGAGACUUGAUUUAUCCAUCCUUCAAUACACUGCAUGAGGUUAUACUAAUCUGCCUUGGCCAUACUGAGGUGUGUCGAAGCACAUCAUUCAUUGUUGAAUAUAAUGUGUUGAACUAUAUUUAAUUUCGACUAAUG